CAUUGCGCUAAGGUCAUUCACAGUUGGGAAGUAGCGUCUACCCCUCUGCAACCAAGGCUCAUCAGGGAAGGAACACGGUGUGGCACGAUCAAAUUGAGAUUCAAAAUGUCUCUGUCAUCUAAACUCACGUUGGAUAAGGUGGAUGUGAAGGGCAAGCGAGUCAUCAUGAGGGUUGACUUCAACGUGCCCAUGAAGGACGGUAAAAUCACCAACAACCAGAGGAUCAAAGCCGCCGUUCCCACCAUCAAGCACUGCCUGGACCAUGGGGCCAAGUCUGUGGUCCUGAUGAGCCACCUGGGUCGUCCCGACGGCAACCCCAUGCCCGACAAGUACUCCCUGCACCCUGUGGCCGCAGAGCUCAAGACGCUGCUGGGCAAGGAUAUCCACUUCCUGAAGGACUGCGUGGGUCCCGAGGUGGAGGCGGCGUGCGCUAGCCCCGCUGACGGUUCCGUCAUCCUUCUGGAGAACUUGAGGUUCCACGUGGCCGAGGAGGGCAAGGGCAAGGACGCUUCCGGAAACAAGACCAAAGCAUCUCAGGGGGAUAUCGAUUCCUUCCGGGCCUCCCUCUCCAAACUCGGCGAUGUCUACGUCAACGACGCUUUCGGCACCGCACACAGAGCACACAGCUCAAUGGUGGGCGUCAACCUGCCCCAGAAGGCCGCUGGCUUCCUGAUGAAGAAGGAGCUGGACUACUUCGCCAUGGCUCUGGAGAAACCACAGAAGCCCUUCCUGGCCAUCCUCGGAGGUGCUAAGGUCAAAGAUAAGAUCCAGCUGAUCAACAACAUGCUGGACAAAGUCGAUGAGAUGAUCAUCGGUGGUGGCAUGGCCUUCACCUUCCUGAAGGUCCUCAACAACAUGGAGAUCGGAAACUCUCUCUAUGACGAUGAGGGUGCCAAGAUCGUGAAGGACCUGAUGGCCAAGGCUGAGAAGAACAAGGUCAAGAUCAACCUGCCCACAGACUUCGUCACUGGCGACAAGUUUGACGAGCAUGCAACCACAGGCACUGCCACCGUUGCCCAAGGCAUCCCUGCCAACUGGAUGGGUCUGGACUGCGGACCGGAGAGCAACAAGCUGUUCGCUGAGGCCGUGGGCAGGUCCAAGCAGAUCGUGUGGAAUGGGCCUGUGGGUGUGUUCGAGUGGGAGAACUUCGCCAAGGGCACCAAGAGCCUCAUGGACAAGGUGGUGGAGGUGACCAAGUCUGGAUGCAUCACCAUCAUUGGCGGGGGAGACACGGCUACUUGCUGCGCCAAAUGGGGCACAGAGGACAAGGUCAGCCACGUGAGCACAGGAGGCGGAGCCAGUCUGGAGCUGCUGGAGGGUAAAGUGCUGCCUGGUGUGGACGCUCUGAGCAGUGCGUAAGCACAGAUGCCCCUCGUUGAGUGUGGAAGCACUUACCCGAAAGAUGCACUGUCCCUCUCCCUCCCUCGCCCCUUGCUCAUCCCAACACACACAAGCGCAUGCGCGCGUACACACACACACACACACACACACACACACACACACACACACACACACACACACACACACACACACACACACACACACACACACACAAAGCUGCAUUCAUAAAGUCAGUCUUUCCAGCAAGAGGACACUAAUGACCAACAGCCCUCCAUCUCUCCUCUGCUUCUGCACCGAUGGGCGAGAAACGACUGAUAAAGUGAUUGACUGGCUUUCUUUCUUUCUUUCGAUUGGUUAGUCUUGUUGUCUCUCCAUCUCUGCCUCUCUCUCUCUCUCUCUCUCUCUCUCUCUCUCUCUCUCUCUCUCUCUCUCUCUCUCUCUCUCUCUCUCUCUCUCUCUCUCUCUCUCUCUCUCUCUGCCUCUCUCUCUCUCUCUCUCUCUCUCUCCCCCUAUCUGCCCCUGCCCCGCUCUGUCCCACAUGUUCCCCUUAGCUCCGCACAUGCAGACGCAUACACACUUUCCCUGGGGCAGUGGAGCCACCAGCAAGCUUUUCACGCCUGCCACAGUUUUGCGGGGAGGAAGAAGAAGAGGAGGAGGAGGAGGAGGAGGAACAGGGGAAGGAGGAGGAGGAGGAGGAUGAAGAUGAAAUGUGCUUCUGGCAUCGGUUGUUAAUCGGAUGUUUUAUCUCUUGACUUUCCAUUGCACAUCACACGUUGGUCAUCUGUGUCUGGGUGCUGCACAAAAGAUGUUAGUCUGUUUGAAUGUUUCUUUUUUUUUUUCCUUUCCAUUUUUUUUUUCGUCUUGUCAUGAACAAUCAGGCAAGAGGUGUGUGUGUCACUGUGUCACCUUCUGGCAAUGUAGAAGUUGUCUCAUGUUAUAACUCGAUAGAGUUUUUAUUUUGUAUUUGUCACCUCCAGAUGUUAAAUACUGUAACAGUAGGGCUUGUCGUUGUCAUCCUAAAGUGUCUGCCUGGACGAUAGUCGUAACGACCCAGCUGGGUUUACUCAACAUGGUUAAUAUUAAUUAAUCUUGUGAAAUAAACGUAUUGGUGCAAUACCCAAA